UGUACCAUAGUUACGUUGCAAUACAUGCUUGUAGCAAAUCAGAUAUUAGGCUGACUUUUAAGGGAUUCAGUCUUCACACAUAUUAUUAUGAAGCAGUAACUAUUUAGAUGAAACGUUUAAAAAAUUCUAUUUACGUAUUAAUUAAGGUACAUCGUCCGAAUAUACGUUGCCCGAUUAGUUUGACCCACUUCCGGUUCUUACAACGACAACACCGUAGUUGGUACACAUGGGUCACAGCCCUUAGUUACUGUCUGGUAACGGUAUUGUGCUCUUCAUGUGUUUUGUGUGAAGUGACAAUAUGGGUAAGAAAAAGGCAGGCGGAGGAAGCGGCCUGGGCAGAGCUAUGAUAAAGGAGAGACUCCAGGCAAGCCGAGGAAACAAGAGGGUCGACUCAUGGCUCCACACCAGUGAACUGAAUGAUGGCUAUGACUGGGGACGGCUGAACCUGCAGUCAGUGACGGAACAGAGCUCCCUGGAUGACUUUCUGGCCACUGCUGAACUGGCAGGGACAGAGUUUGUUGCAGAGAAACUCAACAUCAGAUUUGUACCUGCAGAAGCUAGAGCAGGUUUAUUAACAGCUGAGGAGAAGAACAGGCUGAAGAAACUGCAUGAAGACAGCAAGCAUUUCCUCAGAAUCCCUCGUCGGCCCGACUGGGAUGAAGGCACCAGUCCAGAAGUGCUUCAGCAGGCAGAGAAAGACAGCUUUUUGAAGUGGAGACGAGAACUUGCACAGCUGGAAGAAGAACAGAAACUAAUUCUCACCCCAUUUGAGAGGAAUCUUGAUUUCUGGCGGCAGCUGUGGAGGGUCAUCGAGAGGAGCGAUGUCGUAGUUCAAAUCGUCGAUGCCAGAAAUCCUUUGCUGUUCAGAUGCCCAGACCUGGAGUCGUAUGUAAAGGAGGUGUCCGAGGAUAAGAUCAACAUGCUGCUGGUGAACAAAGCAGAUCUGCUGACCAGGGAGCAGAGACGGGAGUGGGCCAGAUACUUUGAGAAAGAAGGGCUGAAGGCAGUAUUCUGGUCUGCUCUGGCUGAGAGCAACAGGCUGGAUGCAGAGGACAAGGGUGUGGAAGUGGAGGAUCCAGAAUGUAGAGAGAGUGACCCAGAGGAGUACGAACAACCAGACAAUGAAGGCUUCAAUCAGAAAGGGGCAGAUGGAGAGGGCGUGAAGGUUGAAGAGGGAGAAGAGAGUGAUUUAGAGGAAGAGCAGCAGGAAAAGAUAAGUGUGGAUGAGGAGGACUGGUACACCUGCUCAGAAGGUGAGGAAGAAGAAGCGGAAAGGACUGUCAGCUCAUUCAGUGAAUCCUUCCACAACUCCAGUCGACUGCAGCAUAAGGAUGAGCUGCUGGAUGUCUUUAAGGCUGUUCACAAUGGGCCCAGGUGUAAAGAAGGACAGCUGACAGUGGGACUGGUGGGUAGAAGUUACUGUUCUGAUUUAUUUACUGUUGGGCUAAGGCACAAGAAAGUGUCUGUUUCUGCCACUCCUGGACACACUAAGCACUUUCAGACUCUGUAUGUGGAGCCAGGCCUGUGCCUGUGUGACUGCCCAGGUCUGGUCAUGCCCUCGUUUGUUUUUACCAAAGCUGAGAUGAUCUGCUCUGGGAUUCUGCCCAUUGACCAGAUGAGAGAUCACGUACCUGCAGUUUCUUUUGUAUGUCAGACAAUACCACGGCAUGUAUUAGAAGGUACCUACGGCAUCAACAUCAUCCGACCACGAGAAGAUGAAGACCCUGAAAGGCUCCCCACCGCAGAGGAGCUACUAAUGGCUUAUGGAUACAUGAGAGGCUUUAUGACAUCGCAUGGCCAGCCUGAUCAGUCCAGGUCAGCCCGGUACAUCCUGAAGGAUUAUGUCAGUGGCAAGCUUCUGUACUGCCAGCCUCCUCCACAUAUUAAUGCUGAAGACUUCCAGCCUCAACACAGCAAGUUCCAGAAAAGAGAAUUUGAUAACUCUGACUUCUCCACAAUAACAAACAACAACACACAGAAAAUCAAGAGAAUUGAAAAUGUGGUUGACAAGAACUUCUUCCAUCAGGAGAAUAUACGGGCGCUUUCAAAAGGCGUUCAGUCUGUCAUGGGCUACAAACCAGGCAGUGGACCCGUCGGCCCAGGCAAAGCUGAAUCAGAACCAGUGGUGGGAAAACCCUGGAAAAAACACGGCAAUAGAAACAAGAAGGAGAAAGUACGCCGGCUUAACAAACAUCUGGACGCCUGACAAUGAUGUGAAAUCUCAGCACUAAGUUACAGGUCACUUCAGUUGGAAUGGAAAAGCCCUAACAGACAGUGAAUGUGAUGCAUUAUGUGGAGGGGUAGAUUCAAGUUUCUUAAUUCUGUGAGCAUGGCAAGUUUAGACCAUCCUGAUAUAAACAAUUGAGGUGAAUGAUUUGUUAUUUACUGCUGUGGUUUGAAGAGCAUAAUUGUGCAAUACAUUCCAUGAACUGGUUCUCACCAGCGGUACAGCAGAGCUCAGCACAGUGUUGAGAAACAGACUCAACAGCCAAAGGGUGAUAAUUUAUUAGUAAUUGGAACAGAAAAUUUCACUUUAUAUUCUGAAGCUGUUUUCCCAUCACAAAGACUUCAUUACCCAGAUAAAUUGCUCAUUUUGGAUAGUUUUUAACCACAUACUGUUAGGAUAAAUGUAACUAAAAUGGAUUAUAGAAUAAAUGCAUAUUUUUCAUUGUA